GUCGUGGGCGUGACCAUCAUGAAGCCGCGGAAGAUUCAAAACGAAGAUGGCGACUAAAAAUAAUUCUCAAAACACUGUGAAGCUUGAUAGAAGGGAGACAAAUUGCAGCGUGUUCCUCUGUCACGAAAAACCAGACGCGAACCAGCCUGUGAUCUUUAACCCGGACUUCUUUGUGGAGAGGUUCAGGCAUGAGCAUCCGCAGAUUUUCGCGGAUUUGGUGCUUAGUAAUAUUACUCGGCUCAUAGAUCUGCCAGGGGACGAGUUCGCCCAGCUGACUGGAGAGUUGGUGCCGAAGGUGCCGACGUCCACCGGGUUUCUGCGCUCCUUCAACUUUCGCAAACGGAAAGAAAAAGGAGUGAUAUUUGGAGCACCCUUAACUGAAGAAGGAAUAGCUCAGAUCUGUCAGCUCAUUGAAUACCUGAGUAAAAACCUUCAUGUGGAGGGUUUGUUUCGGGUGCCAGGCCACAGCCUGAGGCAGGCGGCCCUAAGGGAAAUGCUGAACAACGGCACUGAGAUAGAUCUGGAGACAGGUGACUUCCAUCCCAAUGAUGCCGCCACUUUGCUCAAGGUGUUCCUGGGAGAGCUGCCAGAGCCUCUGCUAAUGCAUAGACAUUACCAUGCUCACCUGAAGAUUGGAGAGUUGACUUGCUUUGAUGAAAAGGGAAAUAAGACUAAUGUCCCCGAUAAGGCCCGCCAGAUUGAGGCGUUUCAGCUGCUUUUUAUGUUGCUCCCACCGACCAACCGGAGCUUGUUGAAGCUGCUGCUGGACUUAUUGUACCACACGGCCCGCAGCCAGAACAUGAACAAGAUGUCUGCUAUUAAUUUAGCGACAAUGUUUGCUCCACAUAUCAUCUGGCCCAAAAAUGUGACAGCUAGUGAUCUCCAGGGAAACAUAGAGAAACUGAAUAAUGGGGUGGCGUUUCUCAUUCGACACUCACAAAAAAUGUUCAAGGCACCUGUCUAUAUCAAAGAAUAUGCUCGAUUAUUCUACACUGGAUCCAAAACGCUUCAGUCAAAUGAUGACCUGAAUCUUUCUUCAGGAAACAAAACUGGCUCUAUUGCUGCGAUUGCAGCUCCAUCACCUUCUCCCUCUAUGAGGUCAAUCGCAGGUGAGACCAGCAGCACCAGCAACAUCAAGCCUUCUGAGAAUCAGAGCUAUACUGAGUCAUGUCUCAGAGAACUCUACAAGCAAGUCAACAGCAUGCCAGAGUCUGCCAAGAAGAAAAAACUCAUCAGACGGUUUGAAAAGCAGCCUGACUCGAAUUCCUCUGCAGAGACACGAACUCCGUUCAUCAGGAGACACUGGCGUUCUCGUUCUGUAGGUGGAAUUAUCAAGCAGAGGAAGGCACUGGGAGGCCAGGCUUCUACAGAGAGAGAAAACGGCACACUGCAGAGCAUUCCUCCCAGAUCCUGAUGAUGGGUAGAUUAUGACAAAACACCCACAGGGAGAAAGAAGAAUUGCUAUUAAAGGAUUGUGCUCCCCAAGACCUUGGGUACGUUAGACGUUUUAUGUGCUGUUAUAGUUACUAUCCUCUCUUUUUGUUUUUUGUUUUUUUCCUUUAGUGUGGAUACCCCCCCCCCACUCUUUGAGGUUUUAUAAAACCCCAAAGAAUAUCUUUGCAGCUUGCUAAUUUAACACAACAGUUACAAAACAGUGAGGAUGCUGAUGUUGUGUGUUUUUAAGCUGCCAAGAAUUUUGUGAUAUUUUAUUGAAUUUCAGUUCAUAGAUUAUCAUAUUUUGCUGUUGUUUACAUGGCAAAACCUUCACUGUUCUUCCUCAAAUGUCUUAAGAAACUGUGAUGUGCUGAUUUUCUGUUUGUAAUGUAGAUGUUGUUGGACCAAAGUUCCCAAUUCAAAGAUGUGCCUUAAACUGUCUGUCUUAAGUUAUUGUAAAGAUGAGCUCCUAUGCAACAGGGUUUCUUUUUACAGUAAAUAUGUAAAAAUUUUAGGAGGAUUGAUUUACAUUUGUUUAAGAUAAAGACUUCCAUAUUUAGAAAGUGAAUACUUGUGAAGGGAAGAUUAAAGGAAAGGUGACAGAAUAUUUUUUAUUCCUUUAACAAAGUCGUGUGAACACUUUUUUUGUUUUUGUGAUGCUACUGAUAUUUUAAACUGGCAUUUCUUUUUAGUUCCUACUUUUAAGAAUUUCCUGAGGCUAUUUUGUAUCUCUAUGCAUUAACUACAGUUUGGGAUCUUAAAGCGGUGUAUUUACUGUUUUGGCAAGAGGUUUUUAUGUAUGCUUUUAUCUUUAUUAAUUUAAUGGACUUGAAGCAAAAUCAAUUGUUUUCUUUUCUUCUGAACACUGUCAUACUUUUGUAAAUUCAGGUGUUUACUGAAAGAGUUUGAGCUGUUAUCACUUUUGAACUGAGUAAUACUCGCUAUAGUAAGCUGUUACCCUUUAAUUAUAAUGCGAUUACUGCUGCUUGGCCACACGGUGCUUCUGUAGAGCUACGCAACUUACUGUAAUACAGAUGUUUUUCUGAAUCUCCUUUUUAUUUAAAUACAUUUUGUAAGCAUUUUGUUUUUUACUUUUACAUGUUUUUGAGUGUGCUGUGUGAAGUCAAGUCCUGCACUUUUUCUUGCAACCACAAGGGGGUGCUGUUUAGUUACAAAUGGUUAUGAGGUAGGAACCUUUCUACACAAUAUGUUGCUUUUGGAGAUGAUCGCUCAGCCUUCCUGCUUAUUGUUAUCCAUGCAUGACUCGGUAUGUUGUUGCAAGCAGUAAGAUGUUUGUUAAUGUUAACUGUUUACAAAUGAAUUAUUAAUUUGAUGUCUAUUGUGGCAAAAUUACCAAGGAUAACAAAACACAAAAAAAACUGACUUAUUCCUUAUUGAAAGCAUUAAUAGAUUUUGUGGGCAGUGAGACCAACUUUCACCAAAUGUUAAAGUUUGUCCUUUUCUCAAGUUCUUCACAUAAGCGGCAGCCAGCUUCAGUAAAGCAAAGCAAGCUUUUACAGCUGGAGCGUCAUAUUUCUUUUGUCAAAUCGAAAACAGAUUGAUGUCUGUGACCUGAGUUCUCCAUGCUCUAAUAAACUCCACUUAAAAUGCG